AUGGCUAUCAUUCGUGUAGAUUGUUGUCGGUGGAAAAAUGUUUUGAAAUUAAAUUUAGACAAUUUUGGCUAUAUCGGCUUUCACGUUGAUGCUUUAAUAAAUUUUCCUUCUUUGUUGAUAACAUUUUUCACAUCGUUCAACCUUCUAGAAGAGAUACAGCGAAGAGGUCAUUCUGCUACUGACACAGUUCGUAGUAAUAGAUCUGAAAAGUAUUCCCUAACCAAAGUCAAGCAGUCUGUAAACUGUGCACGAGUGACUGAGGAGCAUUUUCUUGAAAAAGAUUCUAGCAUUUUAGUGGCAAUGUGGAAUGAUAAUGGUGUCGCUAUCGUUGGGUCUAAUCAGUUUGCUGUGCAUUCUAUAAAGCAAGUUCCGCGCUGGUCAAUUGCAGAACGUAAACAAGUUUUGAUACAAAUGCCAUCAGUAAUUGGAAAAUAUAACUUGGGAGGUGUUGACAGGCUAGACCAAAACAUAUCUCAGUACCGCAUUACCAUUCGGCGGGAAAAUGGUAUUUCCCACUUCUGUCCUACCUUAUUGAACGUGUGCAUGAAUAAUGCAUGGUUGUUUUCCAGAGAAAGGAGUUAUAAAGAAGAUCUACUAGCAUCUACACGUCAAACUGUGCAGUAUCUUUUGAAGAAAUAUGGAACGCCACUCAUGAAUCCAAGAAGACAAAAAUCCUCGAUGCAUCUAGAGCAAGUAUCAAUGAGGAAAAAUAUGACAACAUAG